AUGCGGGAAAUACUGAACAUUCACCUGGGGCAGUGUGGAGUACAGAUUGGCAAUGCUUGUUGGGAAUUGUUUUGUUUAGAACAUGGCAUUCAACCGGACGGACAGAUGCCCCAUGACGUGUCUAUGUGCGCGGGCGAUGACUCCUACACCACAUUCUUCAGUGAGACCGGCUCGGGAAAGCUAAUACCCAGGGCUGUGAUAGUGGAUCUGGAGCCGACGGUAAUAGAUGAAGUGAGAACAGGAACCUACAGACAGCUAUUUAGUCCGGACCAGCUUAUCACCGCCAAAGAAGACGCUGCAAACAACUACGCCCGGGGACACUACACAGUUGGCAAGGAAGUGGUGGAUCUAGUCUUGGACAGAAUACGAAAACAGGCCGACUUGUGUACAGGACUACAGGGUUUCAUUAUAUACCACAGCUUCGGGGGAGGUACGGGGUCGGGGUUCACAUCGCUGCUCAUGGAGCGUCUUUCGGUUGACUACGGCAAGAAGUCGAAACUGGAGAUCGCAAUAUACCCUUGUCCACAGAUUUCCACGGCCGUGGUGGAGCCCUACAACGCCGUGCUGGUCACGCAUACGACGCUGGAACAUUCUGACUGUGCCUUUAUCUACGACAACGAAGCGCUUUACGACGUCUGCCGGCGGAAUCUGGAAAUUGAACGACCCACAUAUACGAACAUAAAUCGUCUUACAGCACAGGUGGUUUCGGGGAUAACGGCGUCUUUGCGGUUUGACGGAGCCGUCAAUGUUGAUCUCAUCGAGUUUCAAACGAAUCUGGUGCCCUACCCCCGUAUACAUUUCCCACUGGUGGUCUACGCCCCUAUGGUAUCAGCCGAGCGGGCCUACCAUUCGCAGCUGAAUGUGCUGGAGCUGACCAAUAUGUGCUUCGAGCCCGCCAACCAGAUGGUCAAGUGUGACCCCCGCCAUGGCAAGUACAUGGCUUGUUGUUUGCUGUACCGAGGCGACGUGAUCCCCAAGGACGUCAACGCCGCUAUCGCUAAUAUCAAAUCGAGACGAACGAUCCAGUUUGUAGACUGGUGUCCGACUGGGUUCAAAGUGGGGAUCAACUACCAGGCGCCGACCAUUGUGCCGGGAGGUGACCUGGCCAAAGUACAGAGAGCUGUCUCUAUGUUGACCAACACGACUGCUAUCGCUGAAUGUUUUGCACGACUGGACCAUAAGUUCGAUCUUCUCUAUUCCAAAAGAGCGUUUGUACAUUGGUAUGUGGGCGAGGGCAUGGAAGAAGGCGAGUUCUCGGAAGCUCGCGAGGAUCUGGCAGCUCUAGAGAAAGAUUACGAGGAGGUUGGACUCGACUCGACGCUAGAAGACGAGGGUGUGGAAGAGUGA